AUGGACCCUUUAUUCUUUCAAGGAAUAAACACAGGCAUAGGCACAGGCAUAGGCACAGGCACAAUGGCGACUACAAUGGCACCCACACAAUCAUCGCAGACACAGUCCUCUCAGGCACAGUCUUCUCAGGCACAACCUCAGACAACAGCUUAUCUCGAGCAAGUUAUUCGUCUAUCAGAGCGAGUCCCAACGGGUGCAGUUCGUGUCGAACGGGAUUAUUCAAAAGGCGAUGGCAUUACACAAUUUGAUACCACUCUUCCAACAGAGCUUGAAGGACAAAUUGAACCCGAGCUAUUUGAAGAAACUAUUAAAGAAGUGAACAAGAUCUUAUCAGAGGCAGAAAAAAUUUCGGUUUUCAGUAUAUUGGAGAAUGUAAUGGAGUGCCUGACUAUAUACACAUGGCCGCUAUUGUUUUCUACAAAAUACCAAAAAUCAUUAAAUCGCCUACAGGCCUUUCUACUGACCGAGAAUCAAACGGUGUAUCAUCCAAGAGACCUUUCUAUUGCAAAUCCAGUUCCUUGUGCAUUCUUGUUUCUUGAGAUCAAAACCUUUGGCUGA